GGCCACCUCUUUCUUGCUUGUAAGAGACUUCUCAUGCAUAUUGCUUAGUGGAGAAUCUAACGUGUAAAGUGAAGCCAGAGUCCGUGUCGGAGACUUUAAUCCUUGUAGCUUCGAUGGGCAGCGUCACGACUUGGGUCGGAAAGAAGCCUUUGAGACGGAUCGGAGGAAUGUCCUAUGCUCUCUCCAUUGCUGCCGAUCUCGGUUUUUCCGUUCCUCCUCCUCCUCCUUCCCAGGAAGAACUCCAAAAUUUAUCUACUGGGGAAAAGGGUGAUGACUUAAUCAAGGUCUUACGAGAACUAACCACUGUUCAGAGAAAAAUAGCAGAUUUGCAAGUGGAACUUCAAGGUCGAAAGGACCACAUUAUAGCUCAACUCCAACAACCGUAUUCAUUGGAUUGCAUUCCUGUGGAAGCAGAGUAUCAGGUUUGUCGUCUUUUUCAUCCAUGCAAAGUAUACUUGUUGAGCAGAGUCAAGCAUAAAGAUCUUUGGAAUCGGGUUUUUAGACUUAAUGGUUCGACCCCAAUCCUUAAGUGCUUGGGUGAAGUGGUUGGAGUUUCGAACUCUAUCACCGUCGUGAACUUCACCAAAAAAACGGCCCAAUCACUGCGCGUCUUAUUUGAGGGAGUAGACUGUUCACCCGAUCUGGAGAUCGAAUCCCUAGUUGCUAAUAUUUAAUUCAAAUUAACUUUUUAACCAUUACCCUCGCCAAACUAAAAAAAACAACAGUAUAAAGAUCUUUGUGAUGA